AUGGAUCACCUCGCAGUGCAGACGCCUAUCCCGCAAGACGCUUGGCGGGUUGUGGGGACGGUGCUGGGGUCAUACCGGGAGAACAGGAGAGAAGUCGAGGUCACUUGGGAAGAACUGGUCCAGGUCUUCGAGCACUGGGGCUACACUGCCCGUCCUGCGACGGGGGCUACGUUCAAAUUCAAGCCUCGGCCGGGAACGCGGUGGCCCUUCCCGAGCGAGAGCCCGCGGAAGGAGUUCUCAUUCCAUCGCCCGCAUGGACGGGUCAUACCGAAGAAAUACUACCCGACGUACCGGUCUAUACUUCAGAGGACGUUGGGGUGGGAUGCGAAUACGUUCAAAGUUGAGUCGGAGGAGGAGGAGAUACAACGGCGCCUCGUGGAAGAGCGUAUGCGCCGGGAAGAGGAGGAGCGGAAUCGUCGCGAGGCGCAGGAGAAGCAGGAGAAAGGCAAGAAGAGAGGGAGGGUUGGGCGACGGAACCGUCACUGA